UAUGCGAGCGUUUCUCCCUACAAAGUGCAAGCAAAGAAAAGUUUCCCUGCCGUCUGGGUUUUAUUUAUCAGAUGUUUCCAAUUCUGGAAGGGAACUUUUGGCGCGGGGACUUCAACAAAUCAAGGAUGUUAAGGUCAAGCCUAACCCCUGACACAUUUCCUUUCAGCCACUGAAAGGGAAGGUCUGCGAGAGCGAAGAUAUUGUUGUGAUGUGAGCUGUGAAGAAAAGGAGUCGCCUCGACGCCACAUCCCCGCCAUCCAGACUUGGCUGGUGCUCGCGAAUGCCACUGCGGGGAGGCGAGGCAAGAUGAGGGGCCUAGUGCUUGCCUCUCUCGUCCUGAUGCAACCUCUCCCCGUGCCAGGGGGCCCCACUGCCGCCGUGCGCCCCCAGAGCGACCACGCCUGGUGCCACCCUUCGGGGUCCUGCUACAGCGUCCACGUGGGCAGCCUGAGCUUCCCCCGCGCCCAGGACGCCUGCGCGGCGCACGGCGGGCGCCUGAGCACGGCGAGCGGCCGGGUGGAAGUGCAGGCCAUCGUGUCUCUGCUGAGAGGGGUGGCCCGCGGCGGGUCGGGCGCCUCCUUGUUCUGGCUGGGCCUGGUGAGGAAGGCUCAGCAGUGCACCAUGGAGGAGCUGCCGCUGCGGGGUUUCUCCUGGGCCGCUGCCGGAGGACUUGUUGCGGAGGCGAGGAACGAGAGCGCGGCCGAGGGGAGCCUCUCGUGGGUGAAGGAGCCCAGCAAGUCGUGCACCACGCAGAAGUGCGCCGGCCUGCAGGUGACUUGGGGCGAGCCUCGCGCCGCCGAGUCGUGGGGCCUCGCCGAGCACGCCUGCGCCAAGGCCAACGCGGGGUACGUGUGCAAGUACAGCUACGCGGGCGCGUGUCGCGCGCCUGGCGCGGGCAGCCACCUGCGCUACGCGCUCCCUUUCCGCCUCCAAAGCGCCUCCUUGGAGUUCGGCCCGCCUGGCACGGUGCUCACCCUGAGGUGCCCCGGGCGGCAGGCGCGCUUCACCUGCCGCCUCUCGCCCGACGGCUACCGCUGGGAAGGCACCGAGCGCGGCCUCUGCUCCUGCCCCAGCGGCUACUGGAGCCCGAGCGAGGGAGCGUGCGUCGAGCUAGCCAACUGCUUCGGCGCCCAGGGCGCCUUCCUGUGCCUGUGCGCCUGGGGCGCUCGCUUGGCGGCCGACGAAAAAGCCUGCGUGCCGCCGGCGAGAACUGAAACGCCGCCGUCGCCUGCACUGUCUCCCUCCCCGAACGGCUCUUCGGACGGCCUGCCUGGCCGGAACGACUCCCUGGCGGCGACCUUGCCCUCCGAGGUGGGCAACAGCAGCAGCGCCCCCGGAGCCGUGUCUUCCAACUACCUCUUCAUCCUGAUCACGGUGGCUGUGGUGACGCUGGUGAUCCUGGUCAUGGCCGCGCUGCAGAUCUUCCAGGCCUGCUUCAGGCUUUGCUGCUCCAAGGGGUCUCAGACCAAGAAGGACGGAGCUCCGGCCACGACCGCCACGACCGCAGAUGGCGACCCCGAGGAUUCGGAUCAUUCCCUGGAGCCCAGCAAGGCAGAGUCUGCCGAGGUUUCUCAGGAUGAACCCAAGCUUGUGGCGGGGCAGGUGGAGCAGGAACAGCCGCGAGGGGACUGAGGCUGUAUUUGAAGGAGGCAAUGGACGUGCAUUCAGAGAAGGCGCUUUUAUUAGGACAGGAAUGGGGAGCCUGUGGCCCUCCAAAGGUUGUUGGACUACAACUCCUAUCAUCCUUAUCCGUUGGCCAUUCUUUCUCAGUUAAAGUGCUAAGUAACUCCACAGAGUGCUGCAAGAGACAAUCUCAUUAAGACCCCCCAAGCUGCUUGUAGAACAGUGUAAUCCUAUACACACUUACUUGGGAGUAAGUUACAUCAAUUUCAGUAGAAUUUUCUCCCAGGUGUGCGUGCAAUAUGGCAGCGUAUGGUGUCUAAUGGUAACGGUGAGGGCCCUGUGGGACUCCAAUUGCUGCUCCCCAGCUCCCAUCACCCCUAGCCAAUGGGCAAAGGGAUAUUGCGAUUUAUAAUCCAGCAACACCUAGAUAGCCACAGUUUCCUUAUCCCUGUAAAAGAAGAUUUUUAUGAUUUAAAUAGCUUUCCAACAUUAUUUUGAAUCCUCCGUCCUUACUAGUCUUCUAGGGUGCCAGUACAAUUGUGUAUGUGUGUGAUCUAUUUGUGAGACUUAGAAAACAGCCUGAAAUCUUAGUACUGUGUCUCGACUGACUCAUGGAUUGGAUGUAUGAGAACUCAUAAGAGAAGUGUUGGCCAGUGCAUGCUAAUUUUGUUGCACAAAAGCAUUAUCUGUUCCAGUUUCCUUAAGUGGGAAUUCCAAAAACCUGCAAGAUAUGUCUAGCUUAUACUGGCUCGUUUCUCUGAAUAACAUUGUGGGGUAGAAAUCUGUCAAGAUUUCACUGAGGGUCCAGCUCAUUUCCCCACCUUCCUUUUCAUUGAGGUCACCUUUGGAAGUCAUUGGCCAACUGAGGUGUGGUAGGUUUUGACUGGGGAGAGAGUCUUCUUGGUGGUGGUGUCCAGGUGGUACAGACUGUUUUGGGGGAAGGGGUCACCUGGCACUCAUGCUGUAGCCUUUUCAGAACCAUGCAAAGACCUUUUAAUUUUCCCAAAUAUUUGGUUCCAAAAUUGACUGAUCUGAGGCUGCCUUUAUUUGAAACUUUUAAUUUUGUUACCGGUAUAUGUUUCUGUUUUUUUAUAUGGCUGGUUGUUUUCUCUACAGAUUUGGUGUAAGCCACCUUGGAAUAUUCUGUUUUACAGACAGCGUUAGAAAAUGUAUUAAUGCAUAAAAUGAAGAUUUAAAAAAUGAAAAUUAAUUGGUACACACAAAUGCAUGCCAGUAGCCGGAGGAAAGCCCUGAAAUAUACAUUCUGGAUUCUGAGUCAGUCCUACUGCCAUUAUUUGAUUAAAAUUGGGUGUGAUCCAGGCCCAAUCACUAUGCCAGCUCCAGGCUAGUUUAGUCUGCAACAGGCCUUUUCUGGCUCCUCCACCUUCCACCCUAGCUGGCAUCAGCAAUGGGGCUACAGAUGUGGCAGUGGCUCCAGCACUCUUAUCAUGCUUUGCCAGGGUUUGGUUUGCUCUGCCAUUUUCUCACUGCAGAGCACUGUGGAUGGGACAGUUUGGAAGGAGAAGCAAAUGGGGUGGGAAUGUGGGGAAAUGGGACUCAGUGAAAACUUUAAGCAGCAUUUCUCUCUUCAAUAAAGGAAAGGGGUAGAGGA